AUGGAACAGAUAACAUUCAUGACGGAGAACCACGAGCGUAUCCAAGCCUUGGAGAAUUCAUUCGGUCCCUCGGGGAGACCCCUGUGCAAACCAGGUCGGGUUCUGGUGGCAGAGGGCCACCUGUUGAAGCAGGGCCGACAGAGGCCUGAGAUGAAAGCCUUCUUUCUCUUCAAUGACAUCCUGGUGUACGGCAGCGUGAUCCUGAGCGGCCGCUGGCACAAAAACCAGAAAAUCGUUCCCCUCGAGGACCUCCUGCAGGAGGACAUGGAGGACGGUGUGGGUUUAAGAAACCAAUGGUUGAUCCGCACACCACGUAAGUCCUUUUUCGUGUCGGCCACUUCAUACAAGGAGAAGCGGAUCUGGUUCGACCUCACUGAAGAGUGUCGUGCCAACCUGCUGCGGGGCGGCAGGUGCCAGCCUGGCUCCAGCUUCGCCGUCUCUUGGAUCCCAAACCAGGCCGCCUACAAAUGCAUGCGCUGCUUCACCAAUUUCACUGCAACCAACCGCAGACACCACUGCAGACAGUGUGGCUUCCUGGUCUGCAACUCGUGCUCCAGGACGCGAGCGGUGAUCGGCCACAUCCACCCCACGAAGAAGCUGAGGGUCUGCAGGCUUUGCCACAAGAGGAACACAGAAGAAGAGACAUCUGGUGGGAGUGAAAACAGCCCAGGAAAGAACGCCCCAGAGGAAGACUCUGUGGCAUCAUCCAGUGGUGAGGAAGAUGAGAUGAUGCAGAGCUACUUCCACAGCCGCUUGUUCCCACAAGGGAAGGUGGGGACAGAUCGAUGCUGCUCCCCCAAACAAAACAUAAUCACACCGGGACUACUUCACUAAUACAUGUGUGCACCAUCAUUGAGCAUCACAUUCAAAACAAGGGACUUUUGAAUGGACUAUAGAUUUAUUUAAUACAAACACAUGAAACCCUUCCCUCCAGACACGUUUUAAAAACAUGUCUCCUCUUUAAACACAGACAACUGGUUUGCAUUGACAUACAGCUACUGAAGAUUUCUUUUGUUGCAUGGUUUCCAUCGUGGACAACCCCGACCCCCCUCUCCACCACAUCCUCCCGGCUCAGAGGAGCACAUUCUCACAUAGACAGCUCCGCUGUCACAAGGACAGAUUCAGGAAGUCAUUCCUGCCAUCCGCCAUCAGGUUUUAUAAAAACUCCCUGUAACAGCUGUAACAACUGACUGUUUAACUCAACUACACAAGUCUCCAAUUCCCAUCUGCAUUGUAAAUUUAAUUUAUUUGCUGCUAUUUAUAAUGACUGGUAUCCAGUAUCAGCAGAUGUUAUUCUUAAAGAUUGUAUAUAGUGGUUAGUCUCUUUUGCACAUCACUGUUUCACUUACUACUUGCACUGUUUUAUCACUUU